AUGGCGGAACUCGGUGUCAUUUCAGGCAGCCUUGGCAUGGUGUCGCUCGCUAUCCAGGUUGCUGAGAGUGUCAAGAAAGUCAAGGGAUUCUUAGACAGCGUCAAAGAAGCCCCGGAGGAGAUCAGGUAUAUACUCAGACAGAUCGAGGCACUAGGUUUGGUGUUGUCAAACUGCGAGACUGAAGAGGACGAGGGGCUUGUUUCCGGGGCUGUCUCUGCCUCCAUAGAAACCAGCAAAGCGUUCUUAAUUCGAGCAGCAGAAGCAUUGGAAAUGGUGGUCAAGGAUCUCGAAAUUGAGAUAAGGAAAGGAAAGAAAAUGGGGAGUUUCAAGGCUGUUCUCAAGCAAGGCAUAAUCGACAGGCUGAGGCAAAGUAAGUUCCAAGUCUCCGGCGAACCGAGAGAGAAACUGAUAUGGCGGAGAGUACUCCAGCGACGCCGUCAUGAUAUGCAGAUGCAAUUGGCCGAAAUGCAAGCGCACAAACUCAGCAAUCUAGAGACUUAUGUCACGCAGUUUACGGAAGCUGUACGGGCUAGUCCUCAACAUUUCCCUCGUUCGACUUGCUCAAUCAUCCAGCAGUGUACAUCAGAAAGCAUUGAUACUCUCUCAAACAAUGCAGAUGAUGCCAAGUCAAACGACAGCAAACAAUUGGCACGGACUUAUAAGAAAGUCGGAACUUCGUUAAAAAGUCCAAAACGAAUCUUAGCUCGACUGGGAAUACCUUCUUGGCUCAACAUGACCUCCCUUUGUUUGGAACUUUACGGUCAACGGAGCCUAUGCAGGAUGUCAAUCGGUGUAAAGAUUUACAGUUGGGGCGGAAUUACAGUCAUGGAGGUACUUGCGUUCACGCUAUCUCAUCUAGAUGGCAGCGAGGGCGGGUCACCUAGACGUAUGUCGAUUGCUCCUGGGAAAUGGAGCACGCCAAGAAGCCAGGUCAGGACCGCAUAUAACGCAGCAGUCGGCCUUUCAAAUCCAUUGGAGGAUCCGGAGACACGUCUGGAGCUGGUGCGGACUUUUACAAAUGUAAUCGACGACGACGAGUUCUUCGACAUUCAGGAGUCAAGAUCAGCCGCUCAUAGCUUCUUUGGAGAGUCUACCGUUCUCAUUUGGAUUCUCAACAAUGUUAUCGGUUAUAGCUAUCAAAUGUCUACCAUGGAAGAUCGGACCAGACUUGCGAUAGAUUUGUGUGCCCGAGUCGCACAACCGCGCGCCGCUUCGCUGGUUCGAUGCCUUCUACCAGAGCCACAGGCCAUUGCUAAGAUGUGCAACUAUCGGUAUCAGUUUAGAGGAACUUUGAUACAUAGUUGUGCUUACGCACUAGGAGAACAAACUCUCAGGGCAACUCAAACUCGGACAAUCCGUCCAGUAAGUCGGGCUAGAAAGGUCUGGUCUCCACGCUUUCGCAACGACUUCAACUACGACUCGCAGGCUGAGGCAGGCUGCCUUCAGGACCUUCUGUCAUUAAUGAAAGAGUUAGUCCUUGCUGGCUCAGACCUUCAUGAAUGUUGCCGAAGGUUUCCAGACUCUGCAGAAGAAACUCCACUGUCGGCUAUGAUCUCUAGCUUCAGUCAUCUGAGCGGCCUUUGUCUGGACAACAGGCUCGACUUCCGAGGCGAACGUGGUGAAUACUAUAUUCCAAUCCCCGUCAUAACUGAUAUGCUUAAACCCGUGAUGAUUUGGCUUGAGUUGCUCUACGAUACCGGCGCUGACUUGAUGCAUUAUGGACGAAAAGAGAAAGAACUCUACCAAGAAGGUCGAACUACUGGGGUUUGGUGGUUUCCAGUGUGGCGGCGAAGACUUAUCGGGCAGCCUGGUUUAUUUUGGGCGAACAAGGCAAAGAAAUUCUCGAUCAGUUUCGAGUUUGGUCCAAAGCCUAGCGACUGGCAUUUUCGGAUUAUAGAGGAAAUGGAUAGCUCCCUCGAGGAGUUUUGGGAUAUGGUUGAUCAUCCGGAACGUGCUAUGCCCGGGGCUUGGGAUGAGAGAUUUGAUGAUUCGGAUUGAAGGAAAUAUUGACAGAUGGUAGGAAAGUCAGGGCAGAAUUGGUUGGACGAUUCGUUGUCUUGAUGCUAAAUGCGGGGUCGAGCUGGGAGCAAGAAGGCGAGUCAAUUUUGUGACACUUCGCAGUCCAUCGACUCUCUUUGCCUUGUCGUUAAUGCUAACGACAUUCCGGCUUGUGAUGCUUCAAGAUCUUUACACUAGAAGAGAAAAUGGCCUGUGUCCACAGGCUCGUUAAUGCAAGUUACCGCAUCAUG